AUGUACAGCAGACCGAUAAGAACUUCACUCGAAUUGCUGCGACCGCCCCGUAGACCAGUACCACAACCAGUGUCAGAUUCGCCUGCCUUGCGAACCUUUAAUAAGGAAGAUAAGGUUUUCGCUAAAGUGUAUGCGAGUAAUAAGUGGACUUGGGUGCCCGGAGUCAUAAUGGAAAAACUUAGCAGAGUAAUGUAUAACGUCUGGGUCAACAAUAGUAAAAUGAUUCGCUCGCACAUUAAUCAGCUUAAAAAACCUGCCUCCUCUGCGCCGGUGAACGAUGAGCCAGUGCUCGUCCCAGAGCCAGCCGAUAAUGGUGCUUCAUCCUCAUCAUCGUCAACAUCAUCGGAUUUCCAGUCAGCAGCUGAGACUUCACCUGUAGUUCCUCUUCCCAGGCGCUCUUCUCGACCUCGAAGACCGCCGCAGUGGUACCAGGGACACCACAGAUAUUAA